CUCCAACUUCAUUGCAGCGCUACUUUGACAUGGAAUCAUUCAUCGAAAAUUCAGCAUGAUGUCAAAUGCACUCACGGAGGAGAAGGAGCUUAUCCACGAUUCCGACCCGAUUUCGGAAGGCCUUGUACCAGAUGUAGAAAACCAGCAACUCGCCUCACGGUCGACCGCGUACCUAGACGGCCUACGAGGCAUCGCCGCCUUAAUAGUCGUCCUCCAGCAUUACACUCCGUACUUCUAUGGAGAAAGCGACAAUCUAAAUCAUGGAUUCGGAGAGAACGGGAAUUACUACCUCGGCAGCUUUCCGAUCUUCCGUUUAAUUUACACAGGGGGUCAUACUGCCGUCCCAGUCUUCUUCGUCCUCUCGGGAUAUGUGCUGAGUCGUUCACCACUACGCGCAAUACGCGACCACGGAAAAUGUGACUCUCAGUUGAUAUCGUCAGUCCUAAAAAGACCAAUCCGGCUAUACCUACCGCCAAUGAUGUCGACUCUCUUAUAUGCUAUUCUGAUGCAUGUGCCCUUUGGCACGCUACGCUAUGUCACUUGGCCUGAGCCAAAACAGUCACUGGCACUUGAGUUGGUAGCCUGGCUAUCAGAGUUCACCUGGUUCUUCAACCCAUUCCGUCUGAUGAAUGGACGGUGGUGCUACUAUGGAGUUGUGAUGUGGACAAUGCCAGUCGAGCUCAGAGGGUCGAUGCUAAUAUACGCUCUUGCCUUUGUGACAAGCCGCAUGAAAUUCAUAUCCCCGAAAAGACUUUCGUAUGGAUUCAUGGUCGCGACUGUUCUGGUUUUCGUCGUUGGGCAUUGGGCGAUGGCAAUGUUCUUCGCGGGCAUGACUAUGUCCAUUAUCGACGUCUACGAGCUCAGCUAUCCUUUUUUACAUCAGAGCAAGGUCACUCCAGAUGUCAUAUACAAUGCUCUCCUCUUCCUUGGCCUAUGGCUCGCUGGCCAACCAGGCUUUAUGGGAGGCCCUCAAUGGGCACUGGACACGCCAGGCUGGCAUACUGUGACGAUGCUCACACCAGCGAACUACAUGGCUGUGGAAUACAUACGCUUCUGGACAUCAAUGGGAGCCAUCAUGAUUGUCUGUUCGUGCAGACGUAUAUCCUGGAUUCAGAGGUUCUUCGUCACUCGUCCGUUACGCUAUCUUGGACAGGUGUCGUUCUCAUUGUAUCUCACACACGCACUCGUCUACUUCACGCUCAGUGAGACAAUUCACCGGAUGUUUGGACAAAUUGAUGCUCGACCUGAUGAACAUCCAACCUGGUGGGACAAUCGGUUGUGGAUACCGGACAUCGGCCCGAUCGGGCUAAGUUCCCGAUUCCUGGUAUGUGCAUUCGUAUCUUUGUCUAUAUGCAUGAGCGUCGCACAUAUGGGGACAAUCUAUUUCGAUCAGACGAGCGUCAGAGCAGGGAAGUGGUUUGCGAAGAAGCUUGGAUAUUAAAAUUUAGGAGUAAUGUAUCUUGCAUCGUAUGAACACACACACUUAUGAGAACUAGCCACUCAAAAACAAGAUAUCUGGUAUUUAGAGAUGUAUCCUACAGUCAUUCGCCAGAAUCGCACAGUAUAUGCAUAAGCAUGCUCUGUUACACGACGAAACGGGGUGAUCCGAAG